AUGGCUUCGUUAGGCUCUGAUGCACAGGCGACGAGCAAUGAACUCGUGACCGCCAUAGAGGAGUUAAAGGAACGGCGGGCAGAGAUCGAACAAAGCAUAAGGCGCGAUGAGGAGGAGCGAAAUCGGGUGGUUGCCGAACUAAAGGCGUUGAACGCCCGCCUGGCCGCCAUCGAAGAUAGUCUAAAGCAGAAAAUGGAAGCGAAGUUUGUGGUCGAAAAGGUCAUCCAUCAGACCUCAGAGGGGUUCCGAGGUAUUGUUGAGGCAUCUCGAAGGCUGCUCAGCAAUCUGCGGGAGGAAUCCUCCGUUCUCCCUCGCGGUGUUGGUUCGUAG